ACGCACGCUUGCACGUACGCACACACACGUCGGAGAGAGCAAGACAGAGAGAGAGAGAGGCAGAGCCGCAGAGCCGCAGAUACACAGUGAGGACUUGGCAGGCGGACUGAGCAGAGUGAGCAGAAGUUUGGUUUGCAGGUUUUUCCCUUGAAAAGCGCAGCUCGUCCGUGAAGUUUGCGCAAACCCAUCCUCAGUGACAGAACAACAACCGGUGCCACAAACAAACAAACAAACAAACAAACAAGAAGGAGGAGACAAACUUCCUCUAAACUUGGCUUCAGGUGCGUUGACGCGUCGCGGACCUGUUGAUCCAUUUGGGCUCGAAACCCUCAAAUAUUUUGGAUAAACUCCUGAGGAAGGCAAUGCACACUCACAGGGAGAGGUGAGUGUGUGUGUUUGGAGAGAGAGCGAGAGAGAGAGAGAGAGAGAGAGAGAGAGAGAGAGAGAGAGAAGCAGUGUGACCGUGCGUAAAACCCCCAGAUGACCAGCUCUCCCUCUCCCAGACACACGUGAAGCUGCAGCGCUGGUGCGUCCGUGGCUGAAGGCAGCAGCAUGACUCUGUCCGGCGGUUUGUCGGAUACUUGUCAGCUCGUUUUACGCGACCGCAUGGAGCCGCGGCUGUGGAAGAAGAAGUAGCAGCAGCAGCAGCACGUCGAGAAGCGAAAGUUUGGAGACCGAGAAGGAGAAGGAGAAGGAGGAGAGCUACGAUGCGGGCAACUCUGGGCGCAUUCAUCCAGUCCUGUCUGCUGCUGCUGCUGGUCCGAGCAGACCAGUGGAGGCUGAAGGACUCCGCCAACUGCGAGCUGAACAAGAAGCAAACGGACCUAAACUCCUUCCUGUGGACGAUCAAACGGGAUCCUCCCUCAUAUUUCUAUGGUACGAUCCACGUUCCCUACACGCGCGUCUGGGACUUCAUCCCCGAGAACUCCAAGCAGGCCUUCCAGGAGAGCAACAUCGUCUACUUCGAGCUGGACCUGACGGACCCGUACACCAUCUCAGCCCUGACCAGCUGCCAGCUGCUUCCUCAGGGCGAGAACCUGCAGGACGUCCUGCCCAGAGACAUCUACCGGAGACUCAAGAGACACCUCGAGUACGUGAAGCUCAUGAUGCCGUCGUGGAUGACGCCGGAUCAGAGGGGGAAGGGACUGUACGCAGACUACCUGUUCAACGCCAUCGCUGGGAACUGGGAGAGGAAGAGGCCAGUUUGGGUGAUGCUGAUGGUGAACUCAUUAACUGAGGCGGACAUUAAGACGCGGGGGGUGCCGGUGCUGGACCUUUACCUGGCCCAGGAGGCGGAGAGGAUGAGGAAGAGGACAGGCGCUGUGGAGAAGGUGGAGGAACAGUGUCAUCCACUCAACGGGCUCAACUUCUCCCAGGUGAUCUUUGCCCUGAACCAGACGUUGUUGCAGCAGGAGUCUUUGAGGGCGGGAAGCCUCCAGGUUCCCUACACCACCGAGGAUCUCAUCAGGCACUAUAACUGUGGAGAUCUCAACUCCAUCAUCUUUAACCACGACACCUCACAGGUCCCAAACUUCAAUAACGUGACGCUGCCACCCAGCGAGCAGGUGACCGCCCAGGAAAUAGACAGCUACUUCCGACAGGAGCUCAUCUACAAGAGGAAUGAGAGGAUGGGCAAGAGGGUCAAGGCCCUGCUGGAGGACCACCCCGAUAAGAGCUUCUUCUUCGCCUUCGGAGCAGGUCACUUUCUCGGCAACAAUACAGUCAUUGAUGUGCUGCGUCGCCAGGGAUACGAGGUGGAGCACACCCCUGCUGGGCAGCCCAUAAACAGGCGAUCAUCAUCGGGACCGGAGUCCGAGGACCACUACGACGAGUCCCCUCUCCUGGAGCCUUUCCUCCACGAGCUCCCCAACAAAGAGGAGGAUCAGGGGCGCACCCUGGAGGACGACCUGUUACCCCACAUGCUCCUGCCGGCGGACAGCCUGGAGCUGCUGGAGAAAGCGGAGAGGAAAAUGCUGAAGAAAAAGAGGAGGAACAAGCAGAAGAAGCAGCGGCACCGGCACUUCAACGACCUCUGGGUUCGCAUCGAGGAGAGCUCGAUGGUCCAGUCGCCGCCUCCACCGCUGGUUCGCAUCAUCAAUGGCUACAUCACCGUGCAGCCGCCCGACAGAGUCCACAGCCCCCACAACCACCACCACACACCUUCAGCAUCACCCACCUCCUUGUCCUCGUCGUAUUCGCUCGUUUUCCUCUGCACGCUGCUCCCGCUCCUCGCACGGAUGGGGAGUGUGUUCCUUUAGCAGACAUUUUAUCUGGAAUAAACUCUCAAUUAUUGGGUUUUCAGAGAAAAAACAUGGAGCAAGCAUCGAAAUCGACUCUAGCUGUCAGGUAACAGUACACUUCAUGGACGUUAGGCUGGAUAAUGUCUGCGUUGUCGGGUCCAAAUGGUAAAUCACACCAAUACAGCUUGUCUCUUACAAAUUGAGGCUUCGAUGAGCGUAUCAAUUCAUACAACCGAGCGGUUUUCUUGGAACACGAAGCGCUCAUAAGGUUUCAGUUAUUUUCUCUAAGCGUGGCGGGAGCGAGCGCACAGGGCUGCAGCGGGAAAGACUCAAGCGAAAGCUCACAAACAGGAAGUAUUAUGGGACGUCUGGGGGACGUUACACAACAUGUCGGCUCCCUCAUGGGUUACAGUGUUACAGCGGACGCUCGUCAGUCAACAUCCAGUGUCUCAGAGAUCUCACACGAGUGACGGCUCAGCCAAUGGACACAAGGACACGUGUUGCUGAAUAUCAAAUAUCCUCAAUAAGUGUGUGUGUGUGUGUGUCUGUGUGUGUCUGUGUGUGUGUGAGAGAGUGAGAAAGUCUAUUAGCUCUUAACCCCCCCCCGGACUCUUCAGAAAUGUUACAUAAAACGUGGGGUGAAUUGUAAAUAUUGUUUCUAAAUAUUAUAGAUGUAUUUUUUAGAGUUAUAAAAAAAAAAAGGAAAAUUAUCAAAAGUGUUUGUUGUUGUUGUUGUUUAUAUAAAUGUAUAAAUAGAUAUGCAGUAUAUUUUUUUGAAAAAGAAAUCAGGAACUAACCACCAUAGCCAGCGUCCUGUGUCUCACUGAAAUGGAUUUUUUAAAAAGGGACAGGCGAUUGUAUUGUACUGUGUGUAUCAGUGUUAUCACUCGCUUUGCUGUGUGCGUCUGCUGAGAGGAUUCAUGUCAAUGUGUUUUACACAGAGACCAUUUGUUUAAUUUAUUUAAUAGUUACUACUAUAGUUUUCCUGUAGGUCAAUGAAAUAUUCCCUGUUUUUUUUUCAGUUUUUGUCCGAAUGUGAUAUUUCAGAGGCAAUAAUACUUCAGUUUUAAACACAGAACACGUACAGCUUGGUGCUUUAGGACUUCCACAUUUCACGUAUGCCAUGACAUAACUGUAAUAGUAUUACCAUGUUAACAAUAAAAUAUUUAUCUAGAUUAAA